AUGACUGUCAUUGCUUUUCCCUCGGGGAAAGAAUCUCCCGAUAUGAUGCUGCUCAAUGUUGCUCGUCUGUUUACUCGCCUCGAACAUAACCUCCUGUCUCCCGGGUCAGAACUCCGCACCCUACGCGGGUCCGAGUUUCAGCGCAUGCGAGUCACAAAGAAUGUCGAAUACGCGCGCACCCUUCUUUCCCAGCUUGAACGCUCUCUGCCGCAAUUGAAACAACCGGAUCGACGACACGAGGCGCAAGUCGAGAUUGCGCGAGAUAGAGAGCUCUUAAAGCGAAUUCAAGCUGUACUAGACCAAGAGGAUGCCCGUGCAGAUAACGACGCCGAAGUCGAAGAUGUCGAGGACGACGAGUGGAGGGACCUGUUCUCUCAGCCCGUCACGGAAGUGGUUCCAGUACAAGCACAAUCCCAGAUCCAACUGGAUCGGAAACCGGAUCAAGAGAUCAGGGAAUCCCAACUGACUACAUUGCCUACAACAACCACUUCACAGCCAGCCCCCACAGCACCAACAAUUCCCUCAACACUUCGCAAUCGCCACAACCAAGAAACGCCUCAGGAUACGGCCAAAGCAACAGGCCGCAACACCUCGCCGAACAAACUCAAGUCCAACGAGCAAGCACUCGCCUCAGACCGUAUGGAACAAGAAGACCUCACCAGCUCGCUGCUCUCACUAGCCAGCCAACUGAAAGCAUCAUCCCACUCGUUCCAAGCCACGCUAGAGAACGAGAAGUCUAUACUCGAUCGCGCCGUCACAGGUAUCGACAAGACGUCAACGACAAUGGAGGCAGCGGGACAGCGGAUGGGAAUGCUGCGCAAGAUGAGCGAGGGAAAGGGCUGGUGGGGACGGAUGAUGCUGUACGGGUGGAUUUUUGGACUGUGGCUGGUCGCUGUGUUGAUAGUGUUUAUCGGACCGAAGUUGCGGUUCUGA